AUGUCGUUGAUUGAAUAUCAAUCUCCUGGACAUUAUCUCCUUUGCGCUGAACCUUCGCUAACCGGUGACUAUUCAAUGGUUAGAAAGAUGUUUAUCGGUGGUCUGAACUGGGAAACUACAGACGAGUCCCUCCGUGACUAUUUCUCUCAAUUCGGUGAGGUUCAGGAGUGCACCGUCAUGCGGGACAGCGCCACUGGACGCUCUCGCGGCUUUGGGUUUUUGACUUUCCGUGACGCUAAGACCGUCAAUACUGUGAUGGUGAAGGAGCAUUAUCUGGAUGGAAAGAUUAUCGAUCCCAAGCGUGCUAUCCCUCGCGAUGAACAGGAGAAAACUUCUAAGAUUUUCGUUGGUGGUGUUAGCCAGGAGGCUACCGAGCAGGACUUUAAGCAAUUCUUUAUGCAGUUUGGCCGUGUUGUGGAUGCCACUCUUAUGAUGGACAAGGACACUGGACGUCCCCGCGGAUUUGGUUUCGUUACUUUUGACGGUGACGCUGCUGUUGAGAAGGCUCUCUCCCGUCCUCUUGAGAUUCUGGGCAAGCCAAUCGAGGUCAAGAAGGCACAGCCCCGUGGCAACCUGCGUGAGAACAACGAUCAACGCGGAGGCCACCGCACCGGAGGAUACCGCGACCAAAACCAGAACGAUGGAGGUCAGCAGCAAGCCGCUCAGCAGGGACAGGGUAGUACGAUGACUCCUCAGAUGAUGGCCCAAUACUGGCAACGCAUGCAACAGUACUUUACCGUUUUGCAGCAUCAGAUGGCUGCUGGUCAGGGAGGAAUGCCCGGUAUGAACAUGGGCGGUGCUAUGAACAUGAACCCCGCUAUGAUGGCUCAGAUGCAGCAGAUGCAGCAGAUGCAGAUGCUCCAGCAGCAGCAAAAGCAACAGCAAAUGGGUGCCCAGCAGCAAGGUACUAUGAGCCCCGGUCCUGGGAGCCCUGGCUCCCAGCAGGCCAUGCCCAACAUGAUGAACCCCGCCAUGAUGCAGCCGAACCAAGCCAAUGCCCCCGGUGGCCCAGGCAGCGAUUCCGCCAGCCCCGUCCCCAACGCCGCGGCUAUGGCCGCCAACUACAACAACGGAACCCCAAACGCAGCCAGAGGACACACUGGACCGGGAUACAACGCCACCGAGCAGAUUGCCUUCGAGCAGCAGAAGUAUGAACAGCAGCAGAUUAACCGUUCGAUGGACCCUCGCGGUUUCUCGCCUUACCAGCAGCAGGUUGGCCCAACUUCGUGGGAGGGCAUGUACGAUGAAGUUCCUCAACCUCACGUCCCGACCGGACCAGCAGGUAUGAGACGCAUUGGAAGUUCGGGUAGUGGAACCACUCAGCCUCAGGGCACUGCGCCCGCUAAUGCUCCCACUGGACCCCGUAACGCCGGCAAGCCCGGUGCGAACUACCGUGGUGGUGGCCGAGGUGGACACCGUGCCUACCACCCUUACCAGCGCUAA